CCGGCGGGGCGGCGCCCGGCUCCGGGGAAUAAUGAGUGUCUGUCAGGCCGGCCCCGGUGCCGGGCGGGGCGCGCGGGGGCGGCGCGGGAGGCGGGGGCGGCGGGGGAAGGGCGCAGGGCGGGGUGCGUGUUUGCGCCAGUGACUCGGCCCGACCCCUCCGGCGGCUGCCUCCACCCAAGUGGGUGGGGACCCGCCCAGCCCGGGCGGCCGCCGCGGCUCCCUCUCCCCUCCCUGACCCUCCCACCCCGGGUCCCAGCCUCUACUUACCCCGCCAGCCCCGGGAGGCUUCGCAGAGCGCGAGCGGCGCCGGCGUCAUGUGACUGCCCGGAGUUAGUGCCAGGAGCCAGAGGGGAGCCAGGAGCCGCGCCGGGCCCCGCGGAGCCGGAGCGCGAGGGAGCGCCCGCCCGAGCCGCCGCCGCCGCCGCUGACACCGCGGCCUGCAGCGCCCAGCCCGCGCCCCCGGAGUCCAAACCCAGAGCACCCUAGAAGAGCGUGACUGAAAGAAUGCUCAUGUUUGACCCGGUGCCUGUCAAACAAGAGGCCAUGGACCCCGUCACGGUGUCCUAUCCAUCAAAUUACAUGGAGUCCAUGAAGCCCAACAAGUACGGGGUCAUUUACUCCACCCCGCUGUCCGACAAGUUCUUCCAGACGCCGGAGGGCCUGGCGCACGGCAUGCAGAUGGAGCCGGUGGACCUGACGGUGAACAAGCGGAGCUCGCCCCCGUCGGCCGGCAGCUCGCCGUCCUCGCUCAAGUUCCAGACGUCGCACCGGAGAGCCUCGCCGGGCCUGAGCAUGCCUUCCUCCAGCCCCCCCAUGAAAAAGUACUCGCCCCCGCCCCCCGGAGUGCAGCCCUUCGGGGUGCCGCUGUCUAUGCCUCCGGUGAUGGCCGCAGCGCUCUCUCGGCAUGGAAUCCGAAGCCCGGGAAUCCUGCCGGUCAUCCAGCCCGUGGUGGUCCAGCCUGUCCCCUUCAUGUACACCAGCCACCUCCAGCAGCCGCUCAUGGUCUCCUUGUCGGAGGAGAUGGAGAAUUCCAACAGCAGCAUGCAGGUACCUGUCAUUGAAUCAUAUGAGAAGCCCAUAUUACAGAAAAAAAUUAAAAUAGAACCUGGACUCGAACCACAGAGGACAGACUACUAUCCUGAAGAUAUGUCACCCCCUCUAAUGGACUCAGUGUCACCUCCACGAGCGUUGUUGCAAGAGAAUCACCCUUCGGUCAUUGUGCAGCCCGGGAAGAGACCGCUACCUGUGGAAUCGCCCGACACGCAGAGGAAGCGGAGGAUACACAGAUGCGACUAUGAGGGAUGCAACAAAGUGUACACAAAAAGUUCUCACUUGAAAGCACACAGAAGGACGCACACAGGAGAAAAACCCUACAAGUGUACGUGGGAAGGUUGCACGUGGAAGUUUGCUCGGUCCGAUGAACUGACAAGACAUUUCCGGAAACACACUGGUAUCAAACCCUUCCAGUGUCCAGACUGUGACCGGAGCUUCUCUCGCUCCGACCACCUUGCCCUGCAUAGGAAGCGCCACAUGCUGGUGUGAAGACGCCCCUCGUCGUCUCCUGCGCCCACCUUCUCGGGGCUCCCCACGUGCCCGGCUCUCUCACUGUCCUCCCUCCCAUUCUCGAACGCAUUUUUUACAUGUACAUUUUCCUUUGAUUCAGCUGGCCUGAAUCUCUGAAUUUCUAUCAUCAAACCUCCACAUGGUCAGUAGUAGAGCUUUUCUCGUCCUCCCUCUCCUUACCACGGGUCAGACCUAAAGAAUGUGAACACUUUUUUUUUUUCUCUUUUUUUCCGGGGAUGCUAAGCAAACCCUUUUUAGAGAUACAUUUAAUGUAAUGAGAACAAGGGAACAUGUCAACUCACAUUAUCCAUUGUCAGUUUCUCCGUGUAUUCCUUGAAAUAACAUCAAAAAGUAAAUGUAUUAGAAAUCCAGUAUCCAGCCUGCUAGUCCUUGCCAGAGACACGCAUACCUCUGAGCCCUGGGAUCUUGUUUUGUGCUCGCGACAGUUAAAAGUGGGGCCAACACCCUUUCCCGGCCUUGCUGGAGGGGCAGCAAGGGUGCGCUGCCUUUCUUAGGGGGCGCUGCUUGGCUUGGCUCACCGUUCCCAUGCCCUCCUUUGUGACCAUCGAUGUAAGGGUCAGUGGCUGUCCCUGGAGAAAGAGCAGAGGGAGCCUUGAGCAGAGGAGGAAUCGGCCUCUGAUCCUGUUGGUCGCAGGCCUGGGUUUUUGUGGGAGCAUCGCUGGGCCUGUGUAGUGCAUUCCCUGGGCUUCUGCAUGGUCAGCUUUGCAGAGGGGCACGGCCAAGCCAAAUCCACGCACCUGUUCCCAUUCCUAGGGUAACCUUCACAUGGACGGUCAAGUAUUGAUAGUAGGGAUGUCCCAAAAAUACCCACCCAGUAAUAGUUCAAAAAAAAAGAAGAAUAUUUGGGGUGAUAAUAUGGAUGGCCUUUUUUUUUUUUUUUUGACCUAAACUACUUAUAUACAGGGUUUUGUUUUUUGUUUUGUUCUUUGGCAAACCAGGAAGCUCUGGUCAUUGUAUUCAAGUCGAUGACACAGCUUUUAGACAAACACUCAUCCCCGUGAGCUCCAAGGUGCCAAAUUGGCUCUCGUCUGUGUUCAUGCACACACAUGAUCACCUGCUCAUGCUUUAGUCAGUGCAUCCAGUAGAAGGCCCAAGUGACACUGUUUGUAAAUAUAACUAGUUGUGAAGCACACCAACUUUUAUUGGGGGGAUCGAUUUUCGAAAAAUAGAGGAAAACCACAAUUCAGGGACUCCUAAUGUAGCUCAAAAUGCCCCAUUUGCUAUUGGAGCUUGUUGUCUCCUCACUAUCAAGUUUCCCAUCUGAAGAACAAACUGAAAAUGACUCCUGUUGAUGUUGAAAAUAGAGAGCACCGUUAUUGGGAGGAAGUUUUUCAAAAGCAGGCUUUUGAGCACCAUAGUCUAAACAAACACCCGUGAGAAAUACUCCACACACCAAAAGGCCGUUGGUCUCAGAUUUGAAGAAAGUGGGCCACGGUGGUCAAACAUGGGUCCAUAGAACCAAAUGCGCCUUCAUCAUCCCUCGAUAAAGGAUGGAGAAAGGAGAGUGGAAUCCUGAAGAUUCGUCCCUGCUGCAAGUCAGGAUCCCACCCAAUCUUACCUGGGAGGAAUACAUUGCUUUAUUGUUUAUAAAAGCACCCGUGCAUGAGUUACUUGGGAGGCCUGCGAAUCGUGUGGGGAGCUGACUUGGAUGGCGCCAUGCUCGUAAAAGGAGUUGUCGGGACUUCACCUGUGACCAGCCCUCUGAACCGACAGGGGGAAGGUAGCUGAGACAUGCAAAGUGAUGUGUUACCUUGGCACUUGGUUUGGUUUGAUUUGUAAGCACUGCAAAAUUUGUAUAGAAGAUUAAAACAUACUAAUUGGGCUUUAUUUUUUUUCUUCAUCUUUUGCAACUAGGACAUGACUUGAGGGAUAAAAAUGGCUCUUGGAAAAGUGGGUACUGGUCUGUCUUAUAAAUGUUUAGUCACAUUCCUGCCGAGGCAUGUAUUUCUUGAAAUAGUCCUUCCAUAACACACUGAAGAAUUCAGUUGGGAAGCAAGGAAUGUUUGUGUUGAUAGAGCUUAACCCGUUUAUGUGUUUCCAACCCAGAGAAAAGGUGGGAAAGGUGGGGGAGAGGGAGGACAAGGAAGGGUAGAGUUGAUCUUUAAAUAGCUAGCUUGGAGUUUUGAGUCCAAUUAAUAGAAAACUUAAUGGGUUUCUCAUGAAAUUUGAUGUGUCUGCUAUGGCAUAUGAAAUUUUUGUUCAAAGGAGGAAGCAGAUCCCUGCAGAGGCUGUAUCAUGUGGCUUAGAUGACAUUGCUUAGAUUCUGUUAGCAGUUCAUUAACAAAGAUCCAUUAUAACUCUGAAAGGAAACCCGCAGAGGCCAUUCUCUGUUCUCAUGCUGGUUUGUGUACUUUAGUUACCAAUUGGCUCUUAUGAAAAUGUCUUUAUACAUAUAAAUAUAUAUAUAUUUGUAUUUACUAUGAUAGUUGAGAAAUUUAGUCUCUUAGUCAUUUUUAGCUGUUAAUGUGGAAGACCUCAAAUACAAGAUGCCCUUAAAAUGUGUGGUUUUAAUGAUGUGCCAUGUUACUAUCAAUGGUGAUUUUUUUCAUUGCAAUAUUUUGAAUUGAUAAGAAUGUUUUCUACACAUGAAGUUAUAUAGUGUUGUACAAAUUCUGUUUAAGAGAAUUUCUUCCACAGUGAUCCAGGUGUCAUCUUGGGAAAGAAGUCAGAAAAAUUUAAUCUGAAAUCCAUCCUGUCUUAGAGUUCUAAAUGUGAAUCUCUACCAUAAAUGGGCAUUAACAUUCUAAAUCACUUCGUUUUGAGAAUGUCUUAGCAGCAUAGUGAUGUUCAACUAAGGAAAUGCUAAAUACUCAGAUGUUUCAAGGGCCUUGGAACAGAUUUACAGGGGAACUAUCUAUGUAUGUAUAUUCUAUUUUAUUAAGCGCCCGUCUGCACUAUCAGUGUUGCACUAAUGUGGAAUUUGAAAGACCAUAUUGAUACUAUAUACCUGCACAUCCUGCCUGGUUGGAUUGUUUUAAAGACAGUCUCAGAGAUCUAAGGUUUUAAAUCAUCUGCUUUGAAAUACAGUCUUGAAGGAACUGCUGUCAUACAUGAAAUGGCUCAGAGUUGUCUUUAUUCUUUUCUUGGUCAAGGUUAACAAUUUCUAAAUGAUUGCAAAUUCACUUAAGAAAUAAUACAUUUACAAAGCCAUUUUUACAUGCAUUAAAUGAGGGCUACAACAAUAUUAUGUUUUACAAAUACUAGCACUUUUUUUUGUUUUUUUUUUUUGCUGUUAUGUACUUAGUCUUAGAGGGUCAAAAUAAUCUUUCUGCUUAGCAUCUCUUAAACCAUGCCUGCAAGUGUAGCAGGAUUAUUACAUUUACAGUACUUUAAUACUUGUAUAAACUAUGCAGAAAUUUUUAAUAAAGUGUAAUAUAUUUUAUAAGCUAAUAAAACUGAAUGGGUAAAGGUUUUUAGCAUGCAUUAGUAUACUUGCAAAUACUGAAACAUUUUGGUAAUCUUUCUUACUAAAGAUGUGAAUGUUUAACGUACCUUCUCUGUUUCUACUCUGUAGUCCAAUGGGAAUUCAGUAAUGACAUUUUGUCAUGUCAAACUGUGAACAUAAAUUUGUACUGUACAGUCCUCAUAUACUAUAUACAGUAUGCAAUAUAUGUAUUAUAUACUUGUUAAUAAAACCAUCAGAAUAUUAAGUGUGA